GGGGGUGCCAGCGCUCCCGGAAACAGCGCCGGCCGGCGGCACAGCGGCGGCGGCUGCCGCGGUGGGAAGUCGCUUGCUGGUCCUGCGCCCUCGCCGGGGCGGGUUGGCGCGGCUGGCGGAAUGGAAGCGGUGUCCCGCGAGGAGAAGCUCAACCCGCUGCGGGAUGCCAACCUCUGCUCGCGGCUCUUCUUCUGGUGGUUGAAUCCCAUAUUUAUCAUUGGCCAUAAACGGAAGCUUGAAGAAGAUGAUAUGUAUAAAGUGCUGCCAGAAGAUUCCUCAGAGAAGCUUGGAGAAGAAUUGCAGUGGUACUGGGAUAAAGAGGUGCAAAAAGCAAAAAAGAGAGGAAAAAUGCCACAUUUGACAAAAGCCAUUAUUCUUUGUUACUGGAAAUCCUAUUUAGUUUUUGGAAUUUUCACAAUGAUUGAGGAAACCCUCAAAACAAUUCAGCCAAUAUUUUUGGGAAAAAUUAUUAAUUAUUUUGAAAACUAUGAUCCCUCAGAUGAGGGUUUGAAUUUUGCAUAUUGCUACGCAGCUGCUCUGUCUGUGUGCACGCUUAUUCUAGCUAUAAUGCACCACUUAUACUUCUAUCAUGUACAGCGGGCUGGCAUGAAGCUGAGGGUAGCUAUGUGUCAUAUGAUUUAUCGGAAGGCACUUCGUCUCAGUAAUGUAGCUAUGGCAAAAACUACCACUGGUCAAAUAGUAAAUCUUCUGUCAAAUGAUGUGAACAAGUUUGAUCAGGUAACGAUUUUCUUGCACUUCUUGUGGGCUGGACCAAUUCAAGCUGUAGCAGUAACAGUACUUCUGUGGAUGGAGAUAGGCCCAUCAUGUCUUGCAGGAAUGGCAGUUCUAAUUAUUCUUCUUCCUGUCCAGACCUGCAUUGGGAGGCUUUUUUCUUCCCUAAGGAGCAAGACAGCUGCCUUAACAGAUGUCAGAAUUAGGACCAUGAAUGAAGUCAUAAGUGGCAUGAAGAUAAUAAAGAUGUAUGCUUGGGAAAAAUCAUUUGCAGAACUUGUGAAUGGUUUAAGAAGGAAGGAGAUUGCCAUGAUUAUGAAAAGCUCCUACCUUCGAGGACUGAACUUAGCCUCCUUCUUUGUGGCAAGCAAAAUUACAGUGUUCAUGACUUUCAUGGCAUAUGUACUACUUGGCAAUGUUAUCUCUGCAAGUCGUGUAUUUGUUGCAGUAUCCCUGUAUGGCGCAGUAAGACUGACAGUAACGCUGUUCUUCCCUGCGGCUGUUGAGAGAGUAUCUGAGGCAGUGGUUAGCAUACGACGAAUCAAGAACUUUCUGAUACUUGAUGAGGUCUCACACUUCAAACCACAACUGCACGAUAAUAAUGAGAAUGUCAUUCUUCAUGUUCAGGAUUUGACUUGCUAUUGGGAUAAGAAUUUAGAAAGCCCAGCACUUCGACAAAUUUCUUUUACUGUCAGACGAGGGGAAUUACUGGCUGUGAUUGGUCCUGUAGGAGCUGGAAAAUCUUCACUCUUAAGUGCUGUGCUUGGUGAGCUGCCUAAAGACAAAGGUUUGAUAAAUGUUACUGGAAGAAUUGCCUAUGUUUCUCAGCAGCCUUGGGUGUUUUCUGGUACAGUAAGAAGUAAUAUACUGUUUGACAAGGAAUAUGAGAAAGAAAAAUACGAAAAAGUUUUAAAAGUCUGUGCUCUUAAAAAGGACUUGGAAUUAUUAGCAAAUGGGGACCUAACAGUAAUAGGAGAUCGUGGAGCUACACUGAGCGGGGGACAGAAGGCCCGUGUAAAUCUGGCCAGAGCUGUGUAUCAGGAUGCAGACAUCUAUCUUUUGGAUGAUCCACUGAGUGCAGUCGAUGCUGAAGUUGGAAGGCAUUUGUUUGAAAAAUGUAUUUGUCAGGCCUUACAUCAAAAGAUCUCUGUGUUAGUCACUCACCAGUUACAAUACCUCCGUGCUGCAAAUCAGAUUCUAAUUCUAAAAGAUGGUAAAAUGGUGGGGAAAGGUACCUAUUCAGAGUUCCUGAGAUCUGGCAUCGACUUUGCUUCCCUUUUGAAAAAAGAUGAAGAGGUGGAACAGCAAUCGGUUCCGGGAACCCCCAACCUGAAGUCUGCCCGGAGCCGAACCUUCUCGGAGUCCUCUGUCUGGUCCCAGGAUUCUUCUGUUCACUCACAGAAAGAUGGGGCAGUGGAACAACAACCUGCUGAAAAUGCACUUGCUGCAGUGCCAGAGGAGAGUCGCUCUGACGGAAAAAUAACCUUUAAGAUUUACAGAAAAUAUUUUACUGCAGGAGCAAACUACUUUGUGAUCUUUAUACUCAUCGUAUUCAAUAUUUUGGCACAGGUGGCAUAUGUGCUCCAGGACUGGUGGCUUUCUUACUGGGCAUAUCAUCAAGAAAAGUUGAAUGUCACAACAAAUGGAAAUAAUGGAGCAAAUGAGACUGAACAUCUAGACCUUAACUUUUAUUUGGGAAUUUAUGCAGGUUUAACGGUGGCUACAAUACUGUUUGGCAUAAUAAGAAGUCUUCUGGUGUUUCAAGUUCUUGUUAAUUCUGGUCAGACCUUGCACAACAAAAUGUUUCAAUCCAUUUUGAGAGCUCCUGUCUUGUUCUUUGACAGAAAUCCUAUAGGAAGAAUCUUGAAUCGUUUCUCCAAAGAUAUUGGCCACCUGGAUGACUUGCUUCCAUUGACAUUCUUGGACUUUGUGCAGACUCUCCUACAGAUUUUUGGUGUGGUGGCUGUGGCUGUGGCAGUGAUUCCUUGGAUACUCAUCCCCUUAAUUCCACUAUUUAUUCUUUUCAUUUUUCUUCGACGAUAUUUCUUAGACACUUCAAGAGAUAUUAAACGUCUAGAAUCCACAACUAGAAGUCCAGUGUUCUCCCACUUGUCGUCAUCCCUCCAGGGACUUUGGACUAUUCGGGCUUUGAAAGCAGAGGAAAGAUUUCAAAAAUUAUUUGAUGCACACCAAGACCUCCACUCAGAGGCCUGGUUUCUAUUUUUGACAACCUCGAGGUGGUUUGCUGUACGUCUGGAUGCCAUCUGUGCCAUUUUUGUAAUAGUGGUUGCCUUUGGUUCCCUGGUUCUCGCCAAAACUUUGAACGCGGGACAGGUUGGUUUGGCGCUAUCCUAUGCAAUCACCCUCAUGGGAACAUUCCAGUGGGGUGUUAGACAAAGUGCUGAAGUUGAAAACCUGAUGAUAUCAGCAGAAAGAGUAAUGGAAUACACAGAACUUGAAAAAGAAGCUCCUUGGGAAACCAACAAGCAUCCACCACCUGAAUGGCCAAACCAAGGAAUGAUAGCAUUUGAAAAUGUUAACUUCACUUACAGUCUGGAUGGACCUUUGGUGUUAAGACAUUUGUCUGUUUUAAUUAAACCAAAAGAAAAGGUUGGAAUAGUGGGAAGAACUGGAGCUGGGAAAAGCUCCCUGAUAGCAGCCCUCUUUCGCUUAGCGGAACCUGAAGGAAGGAUUUGGAUUGAUAAGUACUUGACGUCAGAGCUAGGACUCCAUGACUUGCGGAAGAAAAUCUCAAUUAUACCUCAGGAGCCUGUUUUAUUCACUGGAACUAUGAGGAAAAACUUAGAUCCUUUCAACGAAUACACCGAUGAAGAGCUGUGGAGUGCCUUGGAAGAGGUGCAACUGAAAGAGGCUGUGGAAGAUCUACCUAAUAAAAUGGAGACACAGCUGGCAGAAUCUGGGUCUAAUUUUAGUGUUGGUCAGAGACAGCUGGUGUGUCUUGCCAGAGCGGUUCUAAAAAAAAACCGGAUCCUUAUCAUCGAUGAAGCAACAGCAAAUGUGGACCCAAGAACAGAUGAGUUCAUUCAGAAGACGAUCCGUGAAAAGUUUGCUCACUGCACAGUGCUGACCAUUGCACACCGCUUGAACACCAUUAUUGACAGUGACAGGAUUAUGGUUUUAGAUGCAGGAAGACUGAAAGAAUAUGGUGAACCUUACAUUUUGCUGCAAGAACAAGAUGGUUUGUUUUACAAAAUGGUGCAGCAAGUGGGCAAGACUGAAGCAGCUUCUCUGAUUGAAACAGCAAAACGGGUUUACUUCAGUAAGAAUUACCCCGAAGUUGUUCAGAACGGUCAGCUUGCCACUGACUCCUCCUUGGAUCCUUCCUCAGGAUUAUGCAUAACCGAAACUGCACUGUGAUUCCCGAUAUCCGAAACUGUUUUCCGUAGAAUGUAAAACUGAGAUCACCUAAACUCAGUGACAGGGUUUGCAAGUGUCAGUGGGAGAGGAAAAGGAAGGGCGCAAUUCUUUGCACUGGACAUCCUUCCUGUUUAAUACUGAGAAGAGCAUUUUUACUUUCCCUCUUUAAUUUCAGUGCAAUAUGUUUUCCUUUCCAACUAAUUCUGUUUGUAUUGCAAAGGAAAUUAGGCAGACUCGGUUUUUAUUUGGAAGUUACGUGGUAGAGAUCUCUUUUAUUUAAACAGGUGCAGGACACCUGACAGGUCUAGGGUGUGUAUUUGGAGCCUAUUAUAAAAUCGGAAUGUGUCCUUUUUGGGUAAUAUUUGGAGAGCAAGCAAAACGAAAUUUUUUCGGUGUCACUUUAGCAUGACACCUAUGUCUAAAAAGCAGAUUUGGUAGGCUACAGCUUAGUUGUCUAGUGCAGCUGUCUUUCUACCUGUCAUAAGUAGCUAUGCAGGUUGGUAGAAAAAAUGAUUGAACAAGCCAAAAAUACUUUUUCCUUUUGAUAGCAAAAAUUACUUUAUACUUACUUUUUGAUAAAUGAUUCAAAUAAUGCUGUUCAAGAUGAAUGUAAAUAUUAAGUUCUAUUUUGCUAAAAUCCAUAUGCUGAAAAAUCAAAUCCCAAUCUUCUGUAACUUUAGAAGAAAAUCACCACGUUUGCACUGAAGCGAUAUUUAAAUAAUUUAACAUACAUUCCUCUUUUUAUCCAGGUUAUCAAAGAAAAAAAGGUAUUAAAAUAACUUGAGGAAAUGUUUGAAUGACAUGUCAUUAUACCUAAAUGCCGUGUAGUACAAAGUUAUCUUCAACACAACACAUUGAGAUGUAUACAUUAUUUGCAUUUAUUGUGCCUUAAUAUUUGUGCCUUCAAGCCAAAGCUGUAACUGUGGGGUACACAACAAAUUCAUUAACUCUAUGUUAAAAAUAUGUAACCUUAGUAUAUUUAAAGUUUUGCAUCAGGGGUUCUGUUGAACUCGAGCUGUUUGAAGUUACCAUCCUACAAGAAGAGGUAGGAAAGUGCAACCUGUAGUUUUGAAUGGCUGUUGCUGAUAGCGAGAGGAAUGCAGUGGGAGAGGGAGGUUUGGUAUUCAUAAGUUACAUCCUGAUUCAACAAACAAAGGCACCAUUCCCAUGUUUAAAGAGAAAAACAGGAAGUGCUGUGCUGCUUCAGAUUUUUUUCAUGUUUAGUGAGAUACCUGCUCUUUGAGGUCCAGUAGAAAAUAAAUCUGUUCAUGUUAACUGUUUAAAGGGCACAGAAGAGACUGAAAGGCAACAGUUCUCUUUGGGACAUGGAAAGUACUGUGCUUUUUAAAACAUACUGGAGAUGCUUGCUGUUAUCUUUGUAAGACAAACGUUAUUUACUCAUUGUUCACCUAGUGGUCUGAAAGUAAGGCAAACACGAAUGUUUCUCGUUUCAAGCAGUUCUGCUGGCAAAUAACUGAUUCAAAUACAGAAUUACUCUCCUUGUUGAGAAGUAAAUUGAGGCCAAAGCCUGUGUGCCUCAACACAAGAGCUCAUCUAGAAGAACUUUGUCCUGCUCAGGAGUCAGCCCAGUGGCAAAAGGCAGAAUCCUCGUUCCCCUGGUGCAGCAUCUUCCCUGUGGUGAGGCUUGCUGUCCUGCUGUGAGAUCCAGGGAGAGAGGGGAAGACCUCUUACUACCUGCAGUGCUUCCCCUCGUGGGUGGGGGAAACAAACAUCAGACAUCUGGUUUGUCUGGUAACAUCCUCUUCUGUUAGCAAGAAGUUAUAAAACGAAAGGCUCUUGUCCCUAGUCUUGCAGGUUCUGACACUUCUGUGUUGUGUAGUACCUUACGCUACAGUAAAUCCCACCGAGAUCAGUGAAACUGAACUUCAUGCAGUGAUGUGCAGCAUGAGGCUUGUACUACAUCCGGUGCUAAUUAGCAGAUGGUCAGACACAGCUACAUGUCCCCAGAGCCAUGUAGCACAGAUGUAAGCAGUGCUUAUGGCUGAUCUUUCUCAGAGCACACCAGCCACAUCCACUUUUUCUGUAUCCCUUGGCCCUUGGUCUUCUCCAGGUUCAUGCUGUCCACUUAAUAGACUUAUCUAGUGUGUUUCAUUGUGGUUUCUUUUUUUUUGAUUCAAAUUGUCUGACGUAAGGAUGGAGCUAUUCUGCAGCUCAGUAGAGUGAUGUUUGUAUUGCAGAGGUAUGUAAAGAUGUAGAGAAGUGUUUUGAGUGCAUAAAGUCACAUAGGAUAAUGCUGGGAGACUGUGUAGCAUUAGGAAAGUUUAACCUUGCAUGGCCUUGUCUGUAACUGCCUUUUUGGAAGGAUCUAUGGUGUGAACCAUGUCCAAACUGUGCUCGAGCUUUGCCAUGGAGAGACCUGGCUGGAGUGGUCCAAAAGAGGGCUAGGGUGGGCUGACCAGUAAGGUAGUGUAGACACUUAAUGGAGUCUGGUGCUUGAGCUCAUUUGUUUACCUUUUUUAUUGAGCACUGUGGACAUAUCCAGAGUUUAAUUGCGUUUUGCAGUAGUGAAUUCAUUUUAUUCUAAGUAGUUACUUCUAACAAGAGAGUAAAUAUGAUGUAUAAUAUGCUGAGACUUUUAAAUACUCUAAGAGAACAGUACGUUCUCCUGGCCAUAUACCUUGAGUUUAUAUUUUUAUAUCAGAACCAAGGAGAUAUGCAUGCGUAAACCAAGGGUAUAAUUACAGUUUUAGUUCAUUUCAGCUCUGAAAUGAAUCUGUGGUAAGUCAUAUUUCAGAGCAGAGCUCCAAAACACUGGCUGCUGCAGACUCACUGGUAUGAGACCCUGACAGAUCUAGCUGUCAGUCUCUAAGCUAGAAUUAAUUUCAUCCUGUAGCUUUUUGAAUGUGCACAAAAAUGUUAGGUAUCUCUGAAAAUUCUGAUUCUGCUCCUUCACGUGUCUUGGCAGGACAUUACUAGCUGUAGGUAUCAAAUAUCAGUAUAAGAGAAAACAAAAUCACACUUGAAACCCAUGAAUUGCUGGGUAAGACAACUGAUGGUGAGUCAUUUGUGUCUGUCAUUGGCAUUGUACCACCUUUUUAGUUGAACAAAAAUAUUUUAAUCAGAAAAUUGUUUUUUAGGUUCUUUGUUGGGUUUGUUGAUAGUUGCUUUGUUUAGGUGGCUGUUGGGUCACCUUUUAAAGAAAAGUUCAAAUAGUUCUGAAUUUUCACUUCGAAAAUGUUCAUGUUUUAUUUGAAAAUGGCAAAGCUGGUUACUAUAAACUACAUUCCUUCCUGGGAAUCUUGGGAAAAGAGCUGUCUUCUGAGUUAUUCAAGCCUUUAAAAUACUUCUUCACCAUGAGGUGCCUUAAAGUAUUCCAGAGCCUUAUUUCUAAUAAGUAUCAUUUUAUACAGUAAUACUGAAAAUCAUCAAUUACAGAACUGUUGUUUAUUUGGUGUAAAAGACCAAGAACAGCCUCUACUUCUGAUCUCAAGAAUUGUUCUUCAGACACUCAUUUUGAUGUAUCUUUCCUCCACCUGUCCUCAAAACACCACUGGGAGAGUCAAAACAGUUCUCAAGGGUAGGAUGUCUUGUGUUUCACAUAUUUUAAGGGCAAAAUCCUCUUUAGUGAACUGAACCAGAGCUCAUUUGCCAGAGAGGCUGGUCGUCUUUGAUGCUGUUCACACUGCCCCUUGGAAGAGGGAGAACCUUCUUCUGACCAUUAUCAGUAGCGCUGGCUGCUUAAGUGCUGUUGACUCUUUCUUCUAACCUUCCCAAUACACGUUUAAAAUAGGAUUGCAGAAAGAAGGGGACAAAAGAUCCAAAUGUUACAGAAACUCCUGAAAAUGCUGCUUUCUGUGUUGUCUGACACUUUGAAGUAUCUCACUUUAAAGUUUGCCUCUUUGGAGGGGGGAGGGAGACAAAAAGUUGAAAUCACUUAUUUCCCUGUGAUGGUGAUGAGCAUCUGACACUUUAGCAGAAGAACGUGGCUUUCCGUUGUCUAUGUUUUACAUUGUGUAACAGCACACUGCUUUUUCAUCAUUUUAACUCGGGUUUUGUUUUGGUUUGGUUUUGCAUUUGUGUAACAACUUGAUUUUGGUAUUGCUAUGGAAUGAUUUCUUUUGUUAAUGUCCAUGUGACAACUCCUGUCCUACAAUAAAAGGCAUUUCUCAAAA